AUAAAUAUUAUCUUUAUUAUCUCCUCUGCGACCUCGUUGAGGGAUGUGCCAGUAUGAGGAAAACACGCCAACAUAACAACGACAAAAGCUUAAACUCUAACCUGCAUAAACUAUAAUGUAUUUUGUUGUCGUGUAAUUUAAUAUUCAUCUUUUUGCCGAUCAUGCAGCGAACAAAAAAGUCCGGGAGCCUCUGGCCUAACCGAUCCGCCUGUAGCCUUUUUUCCGGGAUGCAGGGAGCCCUUCCUCCCGGCGGGUCCCCCGUGUAGUUGCGAUGUAGUUCUUAUCAAAGCCCUCCUGUCUUGUUGUGACAGCUCUGAUAUUGUUUAUUGAGGUGGAUGUCAGCUUUAAUUAGCAAUCGAUACGGGGAGCGUUUGCAGAGCGCGUCUCUGACGUCAGAGUCCAUUACCGCUUCUCAUUGGGUCUCAUAUUCCCAGAGCCAGGGCUAAUUAUUGGGAGGUUCAUGUGGAUAAAGUACAGCUCAUCCCUCCCUUCACAUCAUGUCCCCUACUCGUUGGCCACACUCACUGCAUGCUUUUUAAAUUCCCAUCACCGGCCUCCAGACGUCGUUUCCUUUUGCCUGCGGGAUGAUGGACAGCAGGAUACUGGAUCCACCUCACGCCCAGUUCGGAGGCUCUCUCGGCGGGAUGGUGGGCUUCCCGUACCAUCUGAGCCACCAUCACGUUUACGAAUUAGCCGGGCAUCAACUUCAAUCUGCGUCCGCGGUUCCCUUCUCAAUAGACGGAUUACUUAAUGGCUCCUGCACGGCGUCGGUGGGCAAUUCCAACCCCCUCUUGUCUUCGGGCUGCGGGAUGAAUGGAGAUAAUCAGCAGUACAAACUGACAGACUCGGGGGAUCCAGACAAAGAUAGUCCUGGUUGCAAGAGACGACGAACUCGCACAAAUUUCACUGGUUGGCAGCUGGAGGAAUUAGAAAAGGCUUUUAACGAGAGUCACUACCCCGACGUGUUCAUGAGGGAGGCUCUGGCUCUUCGGCUGGACCUGAUAGAAUCGAGAGUUCAGGUAUGGUUUCAGAACCGCAGAGCCAAAUGGAGGAAAAAAGAGAACACAAAGAAAGGUCCGGGUCGACCCGCUCACAACGCCCACCCCACCACCUGCAGCGGGGAGCCCAUGGACCCGGAGGAGAUCGCCCGGAGAGAGUUGGACCGGCUGGAGAAGAAGAAGCGAAAGCAGGAGCGCAGACUGCUCAAGUCCCAGAACAAGGCGCUUUCUGGGGAUUUAUUUCACACCCCGGGAUCAGACAGCGACAGCGGGGUGUCGCACGUGACCGACAGCGACCACAACACGGGUCCGCCUUUUGACUCUGUGGGGGGAAACCAAACGCCAUCGAGCUGCGACCAAACACCUCACCCUCUGCAGACCCAGAACCAGAACCAAAGACACUUGGACCGGGAUGCUGGCGGUUCCGAGCUGGACUCGCCCGACGCCAGCCACCGGUCAAGCAUAUGCUCCAGUAACAACAGAGCCUCCAGCCUACAGAAACUCAAUCCUUUCAGCGUCGAAAGCCUGCUUUCGGACUCCAGACCGAGACGCACCCCCGCGGCCUUACCCUCCUCACGGCCUUUGAUAGGAAAAGGACACUUCCUGCUCUAUCCCAUCACGCAGCCGCUUGGAUUCAUUGUUCCUCAAACUGCUCUGAAGACGCCGGCGUCGGCGGCGGCGUCGGUAAACGCUGACAGCGACACGCCGGUGGAGAGAAACCAGUCCGCCGUCCGCUGCGGCGUCUCUGCGGGAUGUAGGAGCAGCUCGCCGGACUCCGCGGACGCCACGCAAAAGGGACAGGCGGGGUCAGAGGAAAAGGCCAGUUCACCGCACACCAGCCCGUCCAGGGCCGCUUUCCCCCCUGGCAAAAGUACUCACGCCUCUGUUAUUUGCGGCGAUUCGACUUUUACGCACGAACACAGUCCGCCGCUCGCCCUCAAAGCUGUGGAUGCGGACAGAAAGGAGCAUUUAGAGAACAGGGGCCACCCCGACAACCCCGAGUCCGUCCUCAGUGACGGUCCGGCAGACACAAAGGCAGACUCUAAAGAAGAUGUCGACAUGGAAUAAAACACUGGUGGUAACGAGCUAAAAGCAAAACAAAACAGCGCAGACACAUACUGAUAUAGCCUCGAUUCUCAUUAGGCCAAAGUUCACCCACAAACCACGUCUUUGCAUCUAAUCUCUAGGUUUUCUCCACUCUGCUGAUGUUUUGACAUCAAUGUGAGACAAUGAUGUGCUCUCUCUCUUUCUCUCUCUCUCUAUCUCUGUUUCUCAUCCCUCUUCCUCCCUAUCGCUCUCUCUUUUUCUCUCUCUCUCCCUCUUUGCGAGCGCGCGCGUGUGUGUGUGUGUGUGUGUGUGUCAGGAGUGUCUAGAUAUCCUUUAAUGUGUGAUAACUUGUCAAGAAAACAAGACCACGAGACCAACAAAAAUCCUCAAGAGCUGUAAAAAGGUAUUAUACUAUUUAUAUAUGUAAGGUUUUUCUUAAAUAAAUCUAUUGUAUACAAGCA